AUGAGCGAAGAAGAGAGCAAGGGUUCUGCCUUUCUGGGAACCAACUCCGCUUAUUCAGGUUUUCUUCUUGACCCUUCAACAUGGGGCGGGCUGAGUUUGCCAGAAAAACAAAGACUAGUACAUGAGAUUGCUCGACAGUCAAAAGAUGCUUCUAGUAUGCUUCAAACAUUUACACGCAGGGAACUUCUAGAAAUAAUCUGUGCUGAAUUAGGCAAAGAGAGGAAAUACACAGGAUAUACCAAGAGUCAAAUGAUAGAACAUCUUCUGAAGAUAAUUUCUAAGAACUCCAACUUGCAUAUCAACGGAAAUACGCCUGCUCAUUCUCCCACCAAAAGUUGUAUUGGAUCUAAAAGGAAAAAGAAACCUGCAUAUGAGGAUUUACAUCAUGCUCCUCUGGGGAACAUUAAAGAGGAAAUAGUGAAAACCUUUUUGUGUCAAAAUGUUGCGUGCAAAGCUACAUUGAAUCCAGAAGAUUCUUUUUGCAAGAGAUGUUCUUGUUGCAUAUGCCAUUGCUAUGAUGAUAACAAGGAUCCUAGUCUGUGGUUGACCUGCAGCUCUGAUCUUCCCAAUGAUGAGUCAUGUGGAAUGUCCUGUCAUUUGCAAUGUGCUUUGAGUAAUCAAAUGUCUGGCAUUCUGAAGGGUAGUUGUGGUAUUAAGUUAGAUGGAGCCUUCUGUUGUGUUUCUUGUGGAAAAAAUAAUGAACUGAUGAAGACAUGGCGAAAACAAUUAUUAGUUGCCAGAGAAGCAAGAAGAACGGAUAUACUGUGUUUGCGAAUAUCCCUGGCCAACAGGAUUCUUGUAGGAACAGAAGUGUACAAGGAACUGCAAAAGAUUAUAGAAACUGCUCUCAAAUUACUGGAGAAUGAAGUGGGAUCACUUGAUCAUGUAUAUGCGAGGAUGACACGUGGAAUUGUUAGCAGGCUUUCAUGUGGUGCUGAGGUUCAGAGAUUGUGCUCUACUGCAAUUGAAUGUUUUGAUUCAAAGUAUUCUGACCAUUUCUCUAUUUGUGCCGAAAAGAAAGAUGCACCAACAUGUUCAAUUCGUUUUGAAGAGUGCCUUCCUACUUCAGUGGUUAUCGUGCUAGAGUACAAUGACAAACUUCUAAAGAACUUUCUGGGCUGCAGGCUUUGGCACCGAAUAUCAACAACAGACUACCCUGAACAACCCACCUUCAUUGUCUUGAGGCCUGAGAAAAGAUUCAAGUUAGAAAACCUCCAUCCCUCAACUGAGUACUUUUGCAAAGCUUCUCUGUUCAGCAGCACAGGAAUUUUGGGGGCUGCAGAAGCAAAAUGGGUGACACCUUGUGAUCCCACCAAUUCUGCAAAAGGUAUAAGUUGUGGUGGAAAUCGUUUUAGAUGGUCCCCGCAGAGAUCCUCAGGUACCGGAGUGGACAUGUGUGCACAGAACCAUAUAAUUGCUGAAACUCAUCCCACAGAGUCUGCCAACUCGGACAUGAAGUUAUCAUCUGGACAGCAUCCUGGGAAACCCAUGAUUUUGAACAUCAGGGGCAGGUUUGAAGAGUUCCUCUCCAAGCCUCAGUCAAUAGACCCUUUUUCAUAUAAAAAUCUUGCUGCAGUUUCACCUUCCACGCCUUCUAAAUCCUAUGAAAUGAGGCAAAUUCCUGGUUUGAAUUCUAGAAAGCGCUCGAAGGAAAACGACUAUGAGUAUUCUGUGAGGGUGGUCAAAUUGUUGGAGCAUCUGGGGCACAUAGAUGAAAUCUUCAGAGUAAGAUUUCUCACUUGGUUCAGCCUUAAGGCUACUCAACAGGAGAGAAGGGUGGUUAGUGCUUUUGUUGAUGCAUUGAUUGAUGACCCAGCAAGCUUAGCAGACCAGCUCAUACACACUUUCAGUGAUGAAAUAUGUUGCGAGCAAAAACCUUUGUGA